AAAGUGUUUUAUAAAUGUCAAAUUGAAGAAAGGUUUCUUAAAGUUAUUUUAAUGUUUUCAAGGAAGGAUCAGUUAAUUAAAAGAACAGGCGAAUAUGGAAUUGGUCGAUACGAUUUUCUGAGGCAACUUAUCAACGAAUUCGCAACAACUACCUCCUACGAAAAUAAGAAGCAGACAUUAGCUAAUUUGGCUAAUUUUUCAUAUGAUCCAAUCAACUAUGAUUUUAUCAAGCAAUUGCACCUAAUCGAUUUGUUUUUAUCCGAACUAUCGAAUGAUCAGGAAGAGUUAAUUCAUUUUGCCUUAGCAGGAUUGUGUAAUCUUUCAUGUGAUCCUGAAAUUCAAGAAUACAUUAUAUCUUUAAACGGUAUUAAACUUAUUUCCGGUUACCUACAACACGACAACAUAGAAAUAUCAUUGAAUGCUUUAACAACAUUAUAUUACUUGUUUGAAACCAGAACUCAUUUAAUAACAAAGGAAAUCGAGUCGGUUAUAUCAAAACAAGAACUAAGCAGUAAUCAAAGAUUGAAAAACCUAGCAUCAGUCUUCCUCCUCGCUUAUUGUCCCAAGGCAAAAUGAUUCUUCGAAGAUUGUCGAACGUAGCUUCGAAAUUAAAAAAACUAGAAGUGGGAAAUCAGGUCACUGUUAAAAGACAAAUAACCAAAGAGGAUGUAGAAAAGUUUACUGCAUUAAGUGGCGAUAUGAAUCCCAUUCACACUACUGCAAAUCCAUUUGCAGUGGUACACGGGGCGUUUUUGAAUUCCAUAGUAUCGAGUGUUAUCGGAAAUUCCUUGCCGGGACCUGGUACAAUUGUCGUUCAACAAGUUUUGAAUUUCCCUAACAAAUGCUUUGUAGGGGAAACGGUGAAUACCACAGUAAAGGUGAUUGAAUGUAGGAAAAUUAUUAAAGUUGAGUUUAGUUGUGAAGCGGAUAAUAACAAAAUAGUUUUGCAUGGUACAGCUAAGCUUGUUAUGAACAAGUAGAUGAUAUCGACACAUGAUUAUAGUGAUAUGUUAUGGCUAUUAAAAUUAAGGGGAAACCUAGGUUUAAAAAUUGGGAUUAUGUUUAGACUAACCACAAUGACUUGGCAAUCCUAACUUGAACUGAUUAAAUCUGGAUUUUCCCUUCAUUUUAGUUUUAGUCAUAACAUACAUAUCAAAUUAAAUGGUUAUAAACAUAAAUAAUUGUUAAUAGUAUAUUUAAAC